CGGCUGUAGAGCAGCCGGGCAAGGUGACGCCCGUACAGCAUGCCACUGGGGUGCUGCAUUACGCCGCGGUACUGCAGCCCGGCGAGGUGACGCCUGCUUAGCGCAGGGCAGGCCCCGGCAGCCCGCGGCAGCGGAGGCAGGAGGCAGCGGGCGCAGGCACACCGGCAUGCUGAGGAGGCGGGUGGGUCCCCGUGCGGCAGCCGGUUGCGGUGCGAGGCGGAGCGGGGAGGAGGAGAAGGAGAGGGCCGCCACCAUGCCCAACAUCAAGAUCUUCAGCGGGAGCUCGCACCAGGACCUGUCCCAGAAGAUCGCCGACCGCCUCGGCCUGGAGCUGGGCAAGGUGGUCACCAAGAAGUUCAGCAACCAGGAGACGUGUGUGGAAAUAGGCGAGAGUGUACGCGGGGAGGAUGUCUACAUUGUGCAGAGUGGCUGUGGUGAAAUCAAUGACAAUCUGAUGGAGCUCCUUAUCAUGAUAAAUGCUUGUAAGAUUGCCUCAGCCAGCAGAGUCACAGCUGUCAUACCCUGCUUCCCUUACGCUCGGCAGGACAAAAAGGACAAGAGCCGAGCUCCAAUAUCUGCCAAGCUGGUUGCAAACAUGCUGUCUGUGGCAGGUGCAGAUCAUAUAAUCACCAUGGACCUGCAUGCAUCUCAGAUUCAGGGUUUUUUUGAUAUCCCUGUUGAUAACUUAUAUGCUGAGCCUGCUGUACUGAAGUGGAUCAAAGAGAAUAUUGCAGAGUGGAAGAACUGCACCAUUGUUUCACCAGAUGCAGGUGGAGCCAAGAGAGUGACCUCCAUUGCAGAUCGAUUGAAUGUAGACUUUGCCCUCAUUCACAAGGAGCGCAAGAAGGCCAAUGAAGUGGAUCGCAUGGUGCUGGUGGGUGAUGUGAAAGACAGAGUGGCCAUUCUGGUAGAUGAUAUGGCAGACACGUGUGGUACCAUCUGUCAUGCUGCGGACAAGCUUGUGUCAGCUGGAGCCACCAAAGUUUAUGCCAUCUUAACUCAUGGGAUCUUUUCUGGGCCAGCAAUUUCUCGGAUCAACAACGCCUGUUUUGAGGCAGUUGUAGUCACAAACACAAUACCGCAGGAGGACAAGAUGAAGCAGUGCCCUAAAAUCCAGGUGAUUGACAUCUCAAUGAUCCUUGCAGAGGCCAUCAGGAGGACUCAUAAUGGGGAAUCUGUCUCCUACCUAUUCAGCCAUGUCCCUUUAUAACAACAGAUGCCAGCUGCUGCUUGUAUGGCUUUUUUUAAAACCAAAAGUUGUUCAGCUUGUUGUAAAGUUCAGUAGAAGACUCUGCUUGUUCCAGUGCAGUUCUCCACAGCUCCUCCUGCUUAAGUCAGGCUUACUGGCUCUGAUCCCAACGCUGGGAGGCUGGGGGGAGAAGCUCAUCUCUGUAACACUCCAACUCCACCAGCAACCCUGUGCAUUGGGGCUCAUCAGUAGUAUUGACUCUAUUCUGCAGAUCUGUGGAGAGCGGGACUGACACAUGGCUAAUUGCCACAGUUACUUUGGGGUGGGGGAGGGAGAGGGUUUGUCUGUGGGCAGUGUUAGAUGAUCUGGCAUGCGCACCCUAAAUUGUUUGGGAAGUAGAGCUCCCUAGGACGUGGUGAUCUGGAUUCUACAGCAAGAGCCUGAGUGACUGCUGGCUGUCUUACCACUCUAUGCCUGACAGUAUAUGGGGAAGAGCGAUGGGGAAGGCUUGUAUCUUGGCCAAGCUUGACCCUAGGUGAAGCCCUGGGGGACACUUGGGAGGUGGUUCCGCUACAGCUUCCUCCCGUGAAAGGAGAUCAGUUUAGCUUGCAAACUUGAAUUCAUCUUAAUUACUGAUGAAAUUAAAUGUCCUAUAGCAUGCUACACAGCAAAGUGAAGGUGAGAGCAUAGUCUGUGCAGUACUGCCUCACUGUGUUAACUUAGUGGUGAAGGUGCAUCCUGGACAAGCCUUCCUCUCCCUCUUAUGUAGAGGACUCAUGGUGGUUGUGUGCUUUAGUUUCUAGUGUAGGCUAAGACCAGUUCCUCAAUUUCACAGCUUACUGUUAGCCUUGCUAGUGACUAGAGGACUGCUGUCAUGUACUAUAGCUGCACCUUGACUUGCUGUGCAAAUCCUUGAUCCUUUUUUUUUUUACCAGUACACUAGUAAACUGAGCCUCUUUAUCCCAUAGUAGCUUGGUUGUUGCAUCUAGCAAGUGCCUGCUCAGACGCUGGGGUGACCUAAUGCACAACAGCUUUGUGUCCAGCUGUCUUAGCCUCUCAUUGCCUGCAGUCCUAUUGUCCUGUAAGUUACUGACACAUUCUGGUUGCUUGUCCUGGUCACUGUCUGCCUUGCCUUGAAAUUGUUGCUCCUUGCAAAAGAUCUUAAACCAAGGAGCAUAGGAGGUUGCAGGACUACAAAACCUGAAGAAGCCCUUGGAGUGGGUCUGAUGCUGCUAAUGAGUUCUUACAGCAAUGGGUUGAAGAGGCUGGUGAUACAUAGUACUGGGAAAACUGUAGAUCUAACACCAACCUGACAGGCAGCAAAGUGCCUGGAAGAAAAAUACCAAAACUAGAGCUGACUGAGGCUCCCAGAUGUAAUAAGUAUCAUCUGAAACUUGAAUACUUAGUAACUGUACCAGACAAUCGUAAGGUAAACUGUUAAGUCUCUCCUGGACUCUUGUGGGGUUAUAGAUGAAGCUGUUUUAUGCUCUGGUUUUUAUAAGCACUCCUCUUUUAUUUGUUUUUGAGCUGGAGGAAGGGAAAAAGGGAAAAGAAGGAACUUGAAACUACUUGCUAGAGUAACCAGCAUGGCUUUGAGAGGCUAGGGGCUGGGGUAUAAGUGGAACUAACUGAAAGACUUGGUCACGAUCUAGGGGAGUACUUCUUUAGUUGUGCCUUUUACUGAAGAGUUCUCUCCCUUCCUAGAACUCCUGUCCUGUGGCAAUGUUAACACUUCUAUUACAGUGUAGCGUUUUUCUUUUUGUAUAAGAAUUGGUGUUUGUCUGGAAAAUGUGUGUGUCUUGCUUGUUUGCUUUGCAUCCUGCACUGAGCUCUACUGAGAGUCUGAUUCCUGCCUCCUGUAUUGGAGCCCCUGCUGCCGCACUGCAAAUGCCCUAAGACCCAAGAGCCAGGACAUCGGAGCAGCGGUGUGAGGAUUUUCAGCAGCAUUUGUGUUUAAAUUUAAGACCUGAUGAAGGAAUUAAACUUUUAUUUAAAAACCA